AUGACGUCUUUCGCUGAUAGUUUCUGGUCGGCAGACUUACUCUCAGGCCUUCAAGCUUUAUUCGAUAGAUUAGCGGUCGGAUGUGACAGCAGUGACCAUUUUAUUCAGUUGUUUGCGUCAAGAAUGCAGAUCGAAGUGCUUUAUGGUCGCCAAUUAUAUGACGUUCAGAAGGGUAUAGAUAAUACGGAUUAUGGCGAGGAUUAUUCUACUACUGACGAGGCCUUGAGAAAAAUCAUUACAGGUAUGGAGCAAGAAGGUGACCAACAUUUGAAUAUUGCGUCAAAUAUUCAAACUCUUGUUUUAGAGCCAUUCAGUAAAUGGUGUUCAGAACAUCGAGAACGAAUCAAGUAUUCAGAAAAUAUCUUAAUUGACAACGUGAAAAAUUAUCAGAAAUCGAAGAAAUAUGUUCAGAAACUAGAAAAGGUAUAUUACAACAGCUGUAAAAACCUUGAAAGUUUCAAAAGAACUAAUUUUAAUGAUGAAGAGCUAAGCAAGGCCCUGGGACAUUUGACUCUACAAAAGGAAUUGGAAGCUUCAUUACAUAAUGAAAAGGAACAUCAGAAUUUUGCCACUAUUGAUUCAAUCACAUUCGAUUAUAAGACAAUGAGGGAGGUUAUUAAGGAAAUACUAGUAAAACUACCGAAAUCAGAAUAUAAAUUACCACUGAUUAACUAUACUCUAACUAACACUAAUAGUGGUAAAGAAAUCACAAAUUUUUUGUUGAAACAUCUCUCUUUAAAAGACUUGGAUCAAGCUGAAAUAUUUGGCCAAGAAUUGUUGAACAUCGGAUUUAUAAAAUAUUGCAACGGUGUUGGGACUACGUUUGUCAACUCCAAAAAGUUUGUAUAUCAGUGGAAAGAUUAUGCCUAUAAAUUUGCGGACUUAUCAGAACAAAAUAAGAAUAACGGAUUAGAAUUGAAUUAUCUCCAAGGGUUAGCUUCAAAACUUCCAAUGGUUCCAACAGUAUCAAGUUCACCAAGUAACACUUCAACUGUAACGAAAUCAGGCCCAGCGGAAGCAAAUUUCCCUCUAAAUGAAAAAUUGGAUAUAUCGGAAGAUGAGAAGAAGUUAUUUAAACUACUAGAUGAAGUGGAGAAAUCUGAUAAGAUAUAUCAUGAGGAAUCUUUUAAGAUGGAUUCUUUGAGAUGUUCAAUAGAAGAACUGAUGAUUGACCAUCUGUCCUUCAUGGAGAAAUGUGAAUCGGACAGAUUAAAAGCUAUUAAGAAAGCUACUAUUGAUUUUUGUUCCACUUUAGGAAACAAAAUUUCUAUAAUAAAGUUGCACGUAGAUGCAAUUUUAGAAGCAAGUGAGGCAAUUGAUCCUGCAGUUGAUCUAUUGACUCUCAUAUCCAACUAUAAAACGGGUAUCUUCAAACCGCAGGCGAUCACUUAUAAUAAUUAUUAUAAUCCCGGCAUUUAUCAAAACUUUGGAGUUGACUUGGAAACAAGAUGCCGUUUAGAUGGGAAGGUAGUACCGCUAAUAGUUUCUGCCAUGUUGUUAUAUAUGGAUAGUAUAUAUCCAGAUUUGGCCAAUGACAAAGUUCGUACUUCAAUUUGGAUUUCCCCAGUAAAACUAAGUUCGACACAUAAGCUAAGGAGGUUGUUGAAUGAGAAGCAAUUUAAGGAUGAAUACGAAAUAAUCGAGCUAUUCAAUAAUGGUAGCUUUGAAGCUGGUACCAUCGCAAGUGCCUUAAAGAUAUACUUGUUAGAAUUACCCGAGCCAUUGAUUUCAAGCGAUUCCUUGGACGUUUUGAAGCUUUUAUAUUCCAAAUUUUCAACGUCGUCCUUGCCAGGAGAUAAUAGAGAAAAAGCAAUUUCCAAUUCAACAAAUGCUGAUGGCGCAUCUAAUAUGUCUUCAUCAGCGGGCGAAGAAAAUUCACAAAUGGAUGUUGGUAUUGAAUCAAAACGAAUUAUGGCCUUAUCAACAACAUUAUCAUCAUUAGGAAAACCGUAUCUCGCAACUUUGGAUGCAAUAACUAGACAUUUUUACCGAUUGAUAAAAAUUCUGAGAAUGGGCAAAGAUGGGGACCAAAUUGCAGAAGAUUUUACCAAAGAAAUUUCUAAAGAAUUUGCAAGUUGUUUACUACAUUCCAGUAUUCAUGACGGAAAUGAUUUAGGCUACAAAAUUUUCCAUGAUUUAUUAACCUAUAAAAAGCAAAUACUCAAGAACUUAAAGAGGAGCAGUACCUAG